AUGCAGGAAGUAUGGCAGGAGAUUGGUCUCAAUAAGGCCGUCUCGAACGCUGCAUCGAAGUCUAAUACGAAACAUCCCAAGGAUAUCAUCGAACAGGGAGACGACGACGAGGAAGAUGAAUCCUCAGAUGAACGAAGUCUAUCGAGAGCAGAAAACGAUAAGAACACAACAGCUCCUGUAUCCUAUGCAGAUUUGAGCGAUGAAUUGCAAAGCUGCCUCCCAUCGAAAACACAUGCAUGGGUUCAAAGUCAGCCAGGAAAGAUAUUGUGUUUUGAUUCGGGUCGAAACAAUAUUGCUGAGGCACAUGCUAAGGCUUGGUAUAAAUAUAUCAAGCAUUUGGAUCUUCAGAAUGAGAUGGCUCGUUGUGAUGAUGCAGGAUUGAAGAAAAUUUUCAUCGGUGUUUCAUUCGCAGUGAGGAAGCUACAUCCUACUGUAUAUCCUCCAGCGACAAGAGGGGCACGACAGAAGUGGAUGCAAUCGGUUGCAGACGAGAGGAACAGCACACCGAUACCAGAAGACUCGUGGCGAACCAAACGAGGACGAGUUUUGGUAGAACCCAAUUCCUUUGCAUCCGAUGAAGACCAAGGUGAAGAAGAAGAUGAGAGUCCUCGUCGUCCAGCGGCACGAUGA